UCGUAUAAUAAAAGUCAAAUUUCACGAGCAGACGCAGCAGAACAGGAAUGUAUCUAGUGACAAAAAUUGUGUUAAUUUUGCGACCAAAGUGCACACACAUAGAUAGAAAUUAUAAAUUGUUUGCAAAAUUUUUAAUUGUGUUAAUUGCCAAAAAUAAUAAAUAAAAUCAACAAUUUAAAACAAAUAAAUUUAACAAAUUGCCUUAAAUAGCUGUCACCUCAGUUGUGCGAACAUACAUAUUUAAACAAAAAAGUCAAAAUUUGUUAAAACAUUGAAUAUUUUAAUACAAAAAAGUUAAUGAGAACGAAAGUUGAAAGAAAGAAAAAGAACAACAGGAAUAACAACUCUAAAAAGAAAACGAAUAACAACAGCAACAAUAAUAGCAAGAAGAAGAAAAACAGCAAAUAAAAAACACUACGGCUGUAUUGUUAUAAAAUAACGAGAAAAAAUAGAAAGCAAAGAGAACAAAAAGAAAGAAAGGAAUAACAGAGGCAAAAGCAAAUAAGGAAGAAGCAGCAAUCAACGAAUCAAACCAGCCAACAACAAACAAACGAAACUGCAAACAACAACCAGCAACAUUUUAAGGCUUCACUCAAAAAAGUUGAGGGUGUUGCCUGUAUUAUAGACUUAAUUGGUUUGUCAUUUAUAAUCUGUUUGCAACUCGAGGUGAAAGAAUCUAAACAAACAGAAAGAAUAAUCCACAUAUUGUUUUAGAAUAUUUGUUGCAACAAUUCCAUAAUCGGCAACCACCUACCAACAACUUUUAUUUUCCAAUCGAGUGUAUGCGUGUACAAAAUUUUUACCAACAACACCACUAAAAACCAUAAAGGAAACCAACAAAUUGUGUAUGCGUGCGUUUGAACGCGUGUGUAUAUUGUAUGCGCUGUUUUGCUAACGUCGCCGUUGCUGCCGUCGUCGUUGUAUUGUUGUAGUGUAGAUCUCGUUACCGUAACCUAAGAAUAGAAGCGAAAAAUUGUCAAAAGAUACCUGUUGUUGGUACUACGCUAGGCGUUACCCAUAAGUUUCUAUAUAUUCCUUUUUGGGACUUUUUUCUCUCUCACAUUUUCUCUACUUCGUUGCUUCUUCAUCAUACAAAAAAAAGUAAAAAAAAAACAAUUUGCCAGAAGAAGUGAAAAAAUCACUUUUUAAACAGACAGGCAGAAUCAAACAUCUUAAUAUUGAUUUGCUGUCACUGGUUGUUGCUCUUUUUUCUGUUUGUUUCCAAAGAAACAUUACAGGAAUAGUCAAUCAGUUCGUCAACACAUUGCUGUCAAACAAUUUCAAUAAAAAUUAUCUUAUUGAGUGUUGUCUGCAUAGAAAUCUGUGGUAGUGAGUUCAGCUAUGGCCGAGGCAGCAGCUAGUGCACCAACUGCAGCAGGUGGUUCCAGUCAGCCACAGCAACAACAACCCAAUAAUAAUGGUGCUACUGCACCCAUAGUGCAUUCGGAUAAUCCAAAUGCCGAAGUAAUUCGUGGUCAGAUUUUCGAAGUUGGUCCACGCUAUCGUCAUUUGGCCUAUAUUGGUGAAGGUGCCUAUGGUAUGGUGGUAUCUGCCUGUGAUACACUAACAAAUACAAAGGUGGCGAUUAAAAAAAUAUCACCUUUUGAACAUCAAACUUAUUGUCAGCGUACGUUGCGUGAAAUCAAAAUUCUAACUCGUUUUAAACAUGAAAAUAUCAUUGAUAUACGUGAUAUUCUGCGUGUGGACAGUAUAGAACAAAUGCGUGAUGUAUAUAUUGUACAGUGUUUAAUGGAGACUGAUCUAUAUAAAUUACUUAAAACUCAGAGGCUAAGCAAUGAUCACAUCUGCUAUUUUCUAUAUCAAAUAUUGCGCGGUUUAAAAUACAUACACUCGGCCAAUGUAUUGCAUAGAGAUUUGAAACCAAGCAAUUUAUUAUUAAAUACAACGUGCGAUUUGAAAAUAUGCGAUUUUGGUUUGGCACGUGUUGCUGAUCCCGAACACGAUCACACUGGUUUUCUUACCGAAUAUGUGGCCACACGUUGGUAUCGUGCACCAGAAAUUAUGCUCAACUCAAAGGGCUAUACCAAAUCGAUAGAUAUUUGGUCAGUAGGCUGCAUUUUAGCAGAAAUGCUUAGCAAUAGACCUAUUUUCCCAGGCAAACAUUAUUUAGAUCAAUUAAAUCACAUAUUAGGUGUAUUAGGAUCUCCCUCUAAAGAGGAUCUAGAGUGUAUUAUAAAUGAAAAGGCCCGCAAUUAUUUGGAGUCAUUACCAUUUAAACCAAAAGUGCCAUGGUCAAGGCUAUUCCCCAAUGCUGAUCCAUUGGCUUUAGAUUUACUGGGCAAAAUGUUGACAUUCAAUCCCCACAAUAGAAUACCCGUUGAAGAAGCAUUAGCGCAUCCUUAUUUGGAACAGUAUUACGAUCCCGGAGAUGAGCCUGUUGCUGAAGUACCCUUCCGAAUUGGCAUGGAACUCGACGAUCUUCCAAGAGAAACAUUAAAAACAUUAAUUUUCGAAGAAACUCUCAAGUUCAAAGAACGACAACCAGAUCAACAAGCCGUAUAAAGUUCUCACACGUAAGACUUUUAUCAGGAGCCCAGAGAAAAAAACAAAUAUUACAAAAGCAACAACAACACAAAACAAAAAAAAAAAAACAACGUAACCUGCAUUUUUAAUUUAUACAUACAACAAACAAACAUUACACACUCUAUUCGUUUUACUACAUGGUGUUUUAUCAAUCACCAUCAUUGCAAUCACUUCUAUCAUACGCGUUCCAUAUUUUUGAAAAAUUAAAAUCAAACAAAAAAUAAAUAUUAUUGUUACUGUGCUAAUAAUGAAUGAUAAACACGUUGAUGAUGAGAAGUGAGGGAAAAAACGUUGUAGAUGAUGAGAAUUGUUGUCAGUCACUGCGUGAGUGCUCCAAUUGCUGUUGAUGCUGCUGCUACUGAAAAUGUUUUAAAAAUUUAGUGCUUCACCAUCAUUGUGAUCUUAAACAUAUACAAAAACAAAACAAACAAACAAAAAAACA